AUGCAUUCUCUCUACAGCAACACCGCCCCGGUGCUCACGCUUGCUCUGUCGUUCACCGGUGCGGUGCUUGGGUGGCGGCGUGGCAAGGCGGUGCCAGCGGCGCGCAAGGCGAAGGGGCUGCCUUCCGUGGACCCGGUUCGACUCGUGCGCCACGACGUCUUCAACCUCGCCACCCUCCCUCUUCUGAUGCUGCUGAACUGUGCUGUCUUUGCCGACGCGACGGACCCGUACUUGUACACCGUCCUGUUCAGCGUCUACAUGGCGGCCGACGCGGUGUACAUCUGGUGCUACCCCGCGGCAGUGCCGCAGCCGAGCCUCGUCCUCGCACACCACUCCUUCGUGAUGGCGCUGCUCUCCCACCCGCUGCGCAUUCCGGCCAACGCCAUCUUCACAGCCAACGUCACCGUGGUUGAGGUUAAUACGAUCAUCCUCGUCGCGCGCCGCCACUGCGCGAGCUGGCUCGCGGGAGAGACGGCCGGCCGCAGGGCCCUACGCGCCUUCAACGAGGCGGUCUUUUGGCUCACCUACUUUGGGAUUCGGUUUGGGGUGCACCCGUGGAUGGUGCUGGUUGCGCUGCGGACGGUCAAGGAGCCCUUCUGCGAGCGCCUGCUGAUCGUGGGCCUGCUGGUCGGGCUGGUGAUCUUCAACACGAUCCUGCUCGUGAAGCAGAUCCGGGGGGCCUGGGACCCACGACGGAGGAAUCCCCCGCCCUCCCCCGCCAGCGCGAAAGCCCUCUCAGACUAG